AUGACGACCUCUGCAUCAGUGAUGCCGGCGAUGACGGCAACGUCCGUCUCUGUCGCGCCCUCGUCAGUGGCGUCCAUGGUGGCCCAGCUGAACCAGGGCGUCGCAGACGACAGCGCGCCGUCGCCGCAUAUGCACGUCACCGCAGCCAGUGCGGCCAUCAUUGCCCUUUUGCUUCUCGCGGCCGCCUUCGGCAUCUGGUUUGCCAUUUGGGGCAACCUGGACAAGGCACAGAGGUGUUGCAGCUGCAUGCUGGGGCGGCCCAACACAGGUCGUGGCCGUGGCAAUGGCAACGACGAUGACGGUGACGGCGGCCGGAGCCAGUCCCUCUCCCAUGAAAUGCAGCCUCCCACGGUCACCCGCUCGUAUUCUGUCCAGCGCAACAACAAUUGCGUCGACCUCGAGCGUGGCGUGCCUCGUCGACAGGUCAGGUUCUUGUUCGCCUCGUCCUUGUCGUCCGAGACGCCCGGCGCGUCGGCGAAGCCUCAGCCUGCCUCCACCUCCACCUCCACCACCCAGGCCGUCACACCUCUUCGCUGGCCGUUCUGGCCGGAUGUGGCCAAUCCGCCGGUGGAGCCCACGCAGCCGGAAAACCGAAUAGUCGUUGAGGCGCUUGCCGAAGACUAUGAUGUCGCCGGCAGGAAAGUCCGCUUCGCGCAAGGUACCAAGGUUGGCCGGGUUGCCCACGUUGCCCAGGUUGUCACACCCACAUCCACGCGGCCGAGUGUUGUCCCUGUCCAGGGCUCUCACCGUAGCAACGGCUCCAAACGUACCAGCAGUAUCCCGACCGCCCAGACUACCGACCGCAACUUCUUGAUUGGUUCUCGUUCUGGACUCCGUCGGGACCUGACGGCGCGCAAGUCGGUGGUCGGUGCGAACGAGAAUUGA